CUCACGCACAGCCUACUGCCUGCGCUUCAUAGUGCCGCGCCAGCCUUUGAGAGCGACGGAGAGCAGCACUGACUGGGAGAGAGAGAGACAGACAGACAGAGAGAGAGAGAGAGAAAGAAAGCGAGAGAGAGAUUAUAUAAUAACAGCGGUGGGAAAUGCUGGAGAGCAGUGGAGCCUUCACUGGACAGUAAGCGGGGAAAACAGCAAACACAACGGCCAUUAACCGAUAACCUGAGUGAUCGCACGACACAAGGAUGCCGAGCGUCCACCUCACGGCUGAAGCUUUUCCCCAUGAUUGUCCUGAAGUCGGUGACCACAGCCUUGGAUAUUAAACCUCUUUUUUGUGGCAUAUCCAUUGUUCCACCACUGCUGUUGGACUCUGUUGUGACGAAGGACCAAGAUACAAUGUCUACAACAUUACCAGAUGCUGCAGGUCUUUCUAAGAUCGUGAAGUUGUAAGUAGGUCACAGAUCUCCUUACUCCUGAUCCAUGAAAUGGCCUUUCACUGAGGUAAGAGACAGUAAACAGGAUAAUGGCGCCCCUCUACAGACUGCACUGCCUCUUAAAGCGGGCUCAGAUGCUUCUGCUCUGUCUGGGCAUUGCCUAUCUGAUGGCAGGCAGUAUCCUGCUCCUGCAGCGCUCCAGCAUCAGAGUAGCCCAGUCAAACCUUGCCUGCCAACCACCCUUGCUGUCCCUCGCGGCACCUCCUACUGCCUUCAGGACUGCCGGCCUGGGUGUGAGGGCACGUUCCAGAUGGGCUGCCAUUCAGCCUGUGUCCAGAGGGGGAGCAAGUGCAGGGCGACACUGGCCUGCUUCCCAAAACCUGGGGGUGCAACACUUGCAUCACCGCUGGUUUCACAGUUUGCUGCCAGAGAGCACAGAGCACAGAGUCUCACCCCACAAGAGCAGCAGACAUAAAGGAACCUACAUGGGUUGCUUUCUGCACAAUGCCAGUGAUCGAGCCCUCGGAGGAACCAUGCUUUAUGACCUGCGCAAAAUGACCAGUUCUCUGUGUCAAGACACCUGCUCAGAAAGUGGGUACCAGUAUGCAGGUCUGGAGUAUGGAGCUGAAUGCCACUGCGGGAACCGGAUCAGUAGCCCACGGGCUCAAGAGGAGGAUUGUAGUCUGAUGUGUCGGGGUGAGAGGGGGUCUCCCUGUGGAGGUGUGGGUCGAGUCUCCAUUUACAAGGUGGAGGAGCAGCUGCCAGGUCACAGAAAAUUCAGAAAUGUUCACUAUCGCGGUUGCUUCAAGUUGCUGAAGAACACCAUCAUCACCUUUCCCAUCUACACCUUUCAGCUCAACCUAACCAGACAGUCCUGCAUCGAGACCUGUACAGAUAAGGAGCUUCCACUGGCUGUGUUCAAGGAGCCCCACUGUUUCUGUACGUGGAUGUCCUCUCUUUUCGGCCUCAACCAGCAGUCUGACAACCAGCAGUGUUUGGGGAACACUGGGCUGAAUCACACAAGCGACUCCACACCCACAGCAUCCAUUGAGCAUGACCACUACCAGGUGUAUCACACGCCAGUGCUUGACUCCAGGUGCAAAGAGAGGAUGUUUCUGCCUCAGAGAUCCAGCUCCCUCGUGGCUCUUUCUAGUUUUCCUGGUGCAGGCAACACCUGGGUACGACACCUGAUUGAGCUUGUGACUGGCUACUACACUGGCAGCUUCUAUUUUGAUGGCACACUGUACAACAAAGGUUUCAAAGGAGAGAAGGACUACUGGAAGAGUGGCCGCAGCAUCUGCAUAAAGACCCACGAGAGCGGCCAGAGGGAGAUUGAAAUGUUCGAUUCUGCCAUCCUGUUGAUUCGAAACCCUUACCGCUCCCUCAUGGCUGAAUUCAACCGUAAGUGUGCGGGACAUCUAGGACACGCUACAGAUGCACAGUGGAAAAGCAAAGAAUGGCCAGAAUUUGUCUCCAGCUAUGCCCCCUGGUGGGCAUCCCAUGCUUUGAGCUGGCUGAAGUUUGGACGCCGCUUGCUGGUGGUGCACUACGAGGAGCUGCAAAGGGCUCUUAUCCCCCAGCUGAGACUCAUCACUGCCUUUCUAAACAUCACCAUGACUGAGGAGAGGCUACUUUGUGCCCAGAGCAACCAGGAUGGGCAUUUCAGACGCUCAGGAGCCCAAACGUCCUCCUUUGACCCAUUCACUUCUGACAUGAGACGAACGAUUGACCCCUUCAUCCAUACUGUUGACCAAGCAUUGCAGAGUAGGAACUUUAGCGGACUUCCCCAGGAAUACCUUCCCAGAUGAUGAUCUGAAAAUCUCAUACACUUAGUCCUUUAAAUUAAUGGCCCAGCAGGGGUUUGCAAAAGAGCAGUUCUUCCUCGAAUGCUCUGUGGAGAACAGACACUCUGGCUGAUGUAAGCCGACCACCUGACUCUUUGAAAAGCCAGAUGCGCUGUGAAUGGCCUCACUGGAGUAAACAUGACCAUUCAUCAUGAAAUCCCAUGAUGAACAGUGAUGAAAGCCUCUGGGCCAGGACUGCCUCACUGAGAGUCACAAAUAUGACCAAGACUCAGUGAGAAUUUGACAUGAUUUGUUGGCCUGCAGAGUUGGAAUUAUCUAGCAAUGAGCUUGACUGCACAAAUAUGAGAGAGGUAUUCCAGGGUGGACUCAUUUUGGUUGAAGAGCAUUUUCUAUGGUUCUUUGUAAUUUCACAAUAGUACAUAUAUUGUUUUAGCAUACACUCGUUAAUAAAAACGGCAAGUCAUUCUAACACAGAUGAAAGCAAUGGUAUUAGCAUUAUCCUGAUUAUUCUGAAUUUCUGUGGUAAUCUACUGGUCACUUCAAGUCUGCAAUCAUGCCAGAUAAUAUCCUUAAAGCUGCUACAUGUGGCUGUCAGGACUCUCCAUGCACCUAGUUUGACUUUACAUGAAUUUAGACAUGUGUUGAGCCAAGCUGCUUUAAACUGUAAACUGAGAUGGAGCUGGUUCUAUGAGCAUUUUAUUUCAUUAAAUGCAUUUAGUUUCAUUUGAAUGAAGUUGUUUACUUGUACUUUACUCAAAAUGUUUUUAUCGUUAAUAGACCAAGGUGAGUCUCUAUAGCACUUGGAUGCUAUGAGUAUGUGGGUGCUGACACAAGCUAUGUGUAAAAUGAAACCAAGGCUAAACUCAACAUAAUCAACCCAAACCAAACAAACCAAAGAGAGUUCCUCAAAGGCACCAGCCUUCCAGGAGGGAGAGAGAGAGAGAGAGAGAGAGAGAGAGAGAGAGAGACAUCUUGGAUUCACCCAGCUUUUAAAAGCCCAAAGUAGGUGAAGCCAAUCCCUAAACAAGGUGGGAGGGGCAGGCAAUCAAGGAGGCUCUGAAACAGGAAAGCAGAGGCAGGAAUGCAGGAAAACACACUGACCAAGGCCUGUGGCCAUCACGCACUGUCUCAACAGGUUUGUGUGUUAGGUUCUCACACUGAGACAGUUUUUCAGAACACUUCCAGUGAAA